AUGAAGUUUUAUCAGUCAAUGUUUGUAGCUUUGGUAGUUAUCUCUGUUAUUGGUGAUGUCAGCCAUUUUGUUCACAAUCUAGGAGCUUCUCCUGGCUGUCAGGUAUCUAGGAAUUCAUACAGUCUGAUUCUUGGAUCUGAUGCCUUUGCAGCAGCUGUUGGGAGGGCUUUGGCAGCAGCGGCAAAAGCCGCGGCAAAAGCAGCUAGGGGUGCCAGUAAGUCCAAACCAAAAGGUGGUCACACAAAGAACAAACGCCCUAGUAGCAAAUCAAAACACGAAAAAGGCGAUGCAAGACGUCAAAGAGAUCAACAGAGAAGUCAAAACCAGAAAGGCAAAGGAAAAGGAAAAGGAAAAAAUGGUUAA